UAACGUGCUGGUGACGCUUGUUUUUGACAUUACCCCCACUCUGUGAUUUUUAAACACAAAUCCACGUAUUGAGGAAAAUUCCCAGAUUUGUCCAGGAAGUUCACAAAACGUGUCACGCCAAAGUACUCCCGGAAAGUGAAUGCAACGGAAAAUGUGUUCAGGAGAUUAGAGGGACGAAGGGAUUUCAAGUUUGGGGCAGCUGUGCUAGAAAUCCACAUUCGAAAUGAAUCUUGGUGGCUCAAUACGUAUAAAUAAGUGUGGACUCCUCAUCUUGUUCACAGCUCUCUUCUUUCUCACCUACUACGUUCUCAUUGGGAGCUCCACAGCACCGGAAUAUGUGCCACGAGAUCCGAAUGUUGUGAACCUGCGGAAGCUCCUAAUUGGGGCAAUUCAGGCGGCUGAAAAGGGAGGCGUUGAGGUUGUCACCGUGUCAACACAUGCGGAUUUUCAUGUGAAGAGUAAAGGGAAGACAGCCGAGGGAGCCAAUAAUCCCGUCACAGAGGCAGAUUUUAAAUCUCACUGCGUCAUGCAAUUUGGAUUGCAUCACAUCUUCCCGCGUCUCAAGAUAAUCUCCGAGGAAGACUCCUCGAAGAUGUCAUGCCCAGAUGUGAAACUCUUCGAUCUCGAUCCCACCGUUCUGCGGGAGUCACUCACAAUCCCCGAUGAGACGGUGGACAUUGAUGACAUUACCGUGUGGAUUGAUCCACUUGAUGCCACACAGGAGUACACAGAGAGGCUCUUUGAAUACGUCACAACGAUGGUGUGUGUGGCCAUCAAGGGGAUCCCCACAAUUGGGGUCAUUCACAACCCUUUUACGCAGAAGACAACCUGGGCGUGGACGGGAGUAGCCACAUCCGAGGACCUUCAGAAAGUCAAGAAGACGGAACUAACGGACAGAACAACUGUGAUUGUGUCCCGAUCGCACGGGGGCGAGGUGAAGAACAUCUCAAAGGGCUACUUUGGGGAGAAUACACAAAUCAUCACGGCAGCUGGAGCGGGCUACAAAGUCCUCCAGGUGAUCCACGGCAAUGCCACAGUUUACCUUCACACGACAAACAUCAAGAAGUGGGAUGUAUGCGCGGGUGAUGCCAUCCUGAGGGCAGUUGGUGGGAAGAUGACGAAUUUGCUCAAUGAUGAGCUCCUUUAUGGACCACUUGAGUCAGUGCUCAAUACCAAAGGACUUCUAGCAGCUUACAAGGGUCACCAUGAGAAGUACAUUGAGCGCAUUAGCGACUACAGAACUAACAAAAUAAUAGACAAAGUAUGAUCCUUUUAGGGCUGUAGAUGAAUUUAUUUAUGCUAAAAAACAAAUAAAUCUAGAGAUAAAAGA